ACGUGACAGGAGAGAUAAAGCCGCAUGCGUUUCGAUUCUAAUCGUAUUCGUGCAAACUAGAUAUAUGUUCGCGAAGAGCGGCGCUUUAGAAUCACUCUGAUUUUUGAAGAAAUAUGGCGGAUGUUGAGCUAACAAAAGCUUUGAAGGAUUUACCGAAUCGAGUUCAGACCGCCAGCAAAAAGGAGCGGCGUGAAAUUCUGCAAAAUGUCGUCGGCGUAUUAUCAAAUCCCGGCAUUAAUGACAAAAUUGUUAAUGGGAUAUGUAAGGUGGUAUCGCUUACCUUACAUAGAUAUAAAGAUAGUGCUUCUCAGUCCUACGUGAGAAAUCUAAUCACAGAGCUUCUUAAAAAACAAUCAGAAGCUACUAUUAAACAUAUGACAACUGUAAUUUCAGAGCAAGCUAUUUGGCAUAAGAAUGUAGUUGCGACUUUGAAUACCGCUCUAACUGCAUAUACUGCAUUGAAAUGGUCAAAUUUAGUUAUUCUUUAUGGAUAUAAUAAAUUGGAUAAUACCGAGAUGAAUGAGUUUUUAGCGAAACUUAUUGAAGCACAGGCAAAUUUAUCUGCUGCAGCUUUGGCAUCUGCAGAUAAAAAACUUGCAAACAAGGUGUAUACAUUAUUCGCACAUGAAUGGUCAGCCAUUAACAGUAUAGAAGUUAUUUAUGUGGAAAAUUUAACAAAAUUGGAAAUUGGUAAUGGAGUAAUUAUUCUAGCCAGUUUGCUUACGAAAUAUUUAGUUUCUACAAAAAGAAAUAAUUUGGUAGAACAAUUGAAAAUAAACAUGAUAGACAUUUUUAUAAAAGUGACAAUUAGCUGUAAGAAGAAGCCAGAUUUAUAUGUGGUGGAUGCAGCUGUGCCACUUCUUCGGAGAUUAACUCACGAAGAAUUCAAAACCCAAUUACUUCCUGCUUUACAGAAAGCUAUGUUGCGAAAUCCGGAAAUUAUAAUUGAAUCAGUCGGUCACAUUUUAAGCGGAUUAAGUCUUGAUUUGAGCCAGUAUAGCCAAGAGAUAAGUAAAGGAUUAUUUGCUAAUUUACAUUCUAAAGAGGAUCUAGUGAGAGAUGAAGCGGUUGGGGCGUGUCGUAAACUUGCCCUACAGUGUUCCGAUACGACGGCUUUAGAGACACUGCUAUCAUCUGUAUUUGCAGUGUUUCAUGGAUCAGAAGGAAAGCUUACGGUCGCGACUCAUAAGAUCUCCGUGUUGCAAGGAGCCGGCAAUCUUAGCUAUAACGUGGCUUCGGGUAGCAGUGUGCAGAAAUUAGCCGAAACAGCGUGCGAGCAUUUUGUCAAAGUUCUUGAAACUGAGGUUCACGAGAAGACGCUGAUACAGGCUCUCGAAAUGAUGGCACUAUGGUCCAAGAAAUUUUCGUCCAGUCUACCGAAAAUUGUAGUAGAUGCUUUCAAGAAAGGCAUGGCGGCGAAAACAUCCACCGCCGCAGUGCGUACCGCUUACAUCAAAUUAUUCUUUUCGACUCCCGCCACUCCUUACUCGACAGUAAUAGCACCGAUACUCACGCAAGCGAUAACACGAGCUAUGCAGCAAUGCGCGCAACCGGCAGCGGUAACCGAAGGUCUAGUCGCUUCGUAUCUCUUAUUGAAGUUUGUAUUAGCCGAUCAAGUGGAAAAUGACAAGCAGAAUGUAUUGUGGAAUGCGAUUGACGAACAAAUAUUCUUUUCCGAAAAAUUUUUGUCGAUGUGCGGCGACGAUAUAUUGUAUCACCUUAUGUUGCUAUGUGAACGACUAAUCACCGAAUUUUCCGAUAGACUGAACGAAAAAGCUUUAACGGGGAUUCAUCGAGCAAUUGUAUCUUGCGCUACUGCCUCAAAUUCCGCGACGCGACAACGAUGUUUCCCAUUGGUUAAGAAGAUUAUGACCGGUUUGAGUACGUAUGCGCCGGCACAGGCUCUACUAAUGGAGUUUAAUAAAUUUUUGGAGAAUGUUAAGAUUAAAUCUGAAUCGGAUAAAGAAAGUAAAGAAGAAUCUUCGAUGGGAGAAAUUACCGGUAGAUGUCUUGCAGACGGAUUGCUCGCCAUAUGUUCAGGUUCCUUUUUAUUUGACGUUCCUACCUAUCAAAUGACCAGAGAUGCUCUACUUCCAUCUCAUCAUCCGGCGUUGCUCAAAGCUGUACCAAAUUUAUGGUUCAAGAUCGCUAAGAACUACAAUCUUAUACCAAAGGACUUCUUACGUAGCUGUAGUAACGAAGUAAGAAAAAUGCUGAUUCAGAAUUAUAAACCAGUACCAAAUUAUGAAAAUGCACUUGUAAAAAUCGUAUCGCUUGCACCAGACGCUUUUCUACCUGCAUUAGUGUCGAAUGUUACAAGUAAACUGGAUGAUCCAGAAAUUUUAAAAGUUACCAAGGACGAAUAUUUUACGUAUCUCACUCCUGAAGGAGAACUUUAUGACAAGAGCGUGUUGCCCGUCAAUGACGAGAACGAUAUUCUCAACUCUAUGAAUAUGAAGAGAGAAAGUAAAGUUUAUUCAUUUAAGGAACAACAAGAAGAACUUCAAUUGAGACGCGAAUUAUACGAGAAACGAAAACGAGAAGGCAAGAUAAAAGAACCAAAAUUAACGCCUAAACAAGAAGAGACUUUGAAAGCACAGAUUGCGAAAGAAAAUGAUAUUCGUAAGAGAUUAACUGAAUUGAAAGCCAAAAUAGAUAAUACCGUAUCUUUAGUAACAUGCUCGAUACGUGGUAAUCGACAAGAACUAUCCUUGUACUUGAAGGAUCUUUUACCGCCUAUUUUAAAAAAUCUGAGUUCUCCAUUGGCAGCUCCUGAAAUGUCAGAGCUAUAUAUAUCUCUUCGUCAAACCGUGACAAUGGAUAAUAGCGCAAUUCUAGGUGAUCUUAUCGCUCAUGUUACAUUACGGCAAUUGCAACCACAGUGCGAUUUGGAUCAAGCCUGGGAAGAAGAAAAUCUCGAUGUAGCAGUUAAAAGAACGUUGAACCUUAUACAUGCGGUAACGAUCAAGAAGAAAGAAUUAUUUACGGCACCUGCAUUUUGUUACGUUUUUCCUUUCAUAAGAAAGACUUUGCUAUCAUAUAAGGACGAUGGCAUGAUUGUACAGGGAUUGCAAUUGAUUCAAGAACAUGCCAAACAGAGAGGUGACAACGAUCUGAAAGACAUCAGGCAUCCUAGACUUUUGCCGCGUAAACAAAUGUUCGAUCUGCUUAUCGAACUUAUGGAGACUACAACAGGUCGAGUACAGUCACAUGCAGUGGCAACCUUAUUAGACGUCGCGCAAUCCGGCAGUGGUCAACCGGGUACAGCAAUCGCUACCAGUGAGGAUAUAGAUUCCUUGAUCGGUGCAUUGCAAAAUUCGCUGUCCACUGUGAGGGACGCGGCUCUUAGAGGACUGAUCGUAAUACGACAAGCUAUUCCAUCCCGGAAGGAAAAUCAAGAUCAGUUCGACAGACUCACCAGAAGAGUAUGGAUCGCACGAUUUGACGUAAAUGACGAGAAUAAGAUUCUCGCUGUCGAAUUGUGGAACGCGGUCGACUUUAUCUGGGAUCCGGAAGUCCUUUGCGAAGAAUUGAUCCAAGAUAUAGCCCAUCCGGUCGAGCCAGUGCAGCAGGCAGCCGCUCACGCAUUAGCGCAGUGCUUGGCCAAUGUACGCCAUUUAACAUCGUCCGUAUUGGACAAUCUGUUGGAAUUGUAUCAAGAGAAAUUGGCUAUGAUCCCGCCGAAAUUGAACGACUUUGGUCGCGUCAUUGAGCCGCCGAUUGAUACGUGGGGCCCGCGGCGAGGGGUAGCGCUUGCUCUAGCCCAAAUAGCGCCGCUUCUUACUGCCGAUACGGUACACCGGCUCAUUCAGUUCUUCGUGGUAACCGGACUUGGAGACAGAAACCAAUUCGUACGCACCGAGAUGCUGACAGCCGCUGUCGCGGCAGUCGAUCUACAUGGUAGCGCGAACAUAACUUCGCUACUUCCAGUCUUCGAGAAUUUUAUGGAUAAGGCUCCGAAAAUCGGCAGCUUUGACUCGAUCAAACAAUCGGUGGUAAUUCUCAUGGGGUCACUCGCGAGACACUUGGAUAAAAACGAUCCACGAAUCAAGCCGAUCGUGAUGCGUCUCAUCGCGGCACUUUCUACUCCUUCGCAACAGGUGCAGGAGGCUGUAGCCAAUUGUUUGCCGCAUCUGACGGACUCCAUUAAGGAAGAUGCGCCGAAAAUCGUGGACAAUCUUAUGGACCAGCUUCUCAAAUCGGACAAAUACGGCGAGCGUAAGGGCGCGGCAUACGGACUGGCGGGUCUCAUCAAGGGUAUGGGAAUUCUCGCACUGAAGCAAUUGGAUAUUAUGAGCAAGCUAACGAACGCUAUUCAAGAUAAAAAGAACUACCGACAUCGCGAGGGCGCGCUGUUCGCCUUCGAGAUGUUGUGUACAAUGCUCGGAAGAUUAUUUGAGCCUUACAUAGUACAUGUUUUGCCGCACUUGCUACUUUGCUUUGGUGAUUCGAGUCAAUAUGUAAGAACUGCCACUGACGAUACUGCUAGAAUAGUGAUGAGUAAACUUUCUGCCCACGGCGUUAAGCUUGUUCUACCAAGUCUAUUGGCAGCUCUAGAAGAAGAUUCAUGGAGAACAAAAACAGGAUCUGUCGAAUUACUUGGUGCUAUGGCAUAUUGUGCGCCGAAACAGUUGAGUAGUUGUUUACCGAAUAUUGUCCCGAAGUUGAUAGAAGUACUCAGCGAUUCCCAUACAAAAGUGCAAGAAGCUGGUGCGGAAGCGCUCAAAGUCAUCGGAAGUGUCAUUCGUAAUCCGGAGAUUCAAGCGAUUGUGCCGGUAUUGUUGAAAGCAUUGCAGGAUCCUUCGCACAAAACCGCUACUUGUCUCCAGACUUUGCUGGAUACGCAAUUCGUACAUUUCAUUGACGCUCCCUCACUAGCUUUAAUUAUGCCUGUCGUGCAACGUGCGUUUCUUGAUCGUUCGACGGAGACCAGAAAAAUGGCCGCGCAGAUUAUAGGCAACAUGUACUCCUUAACUGACCAGAAAGACUUGACCCCGUAUCUGCCGACUAUUAUACCGGGCCUGAAGACGAGUCUGCUUGAUCCCGUGCCUGAAGUGCGCAGUGUGUCGGCAAGAGCGCUAGGAGCAAUGGUACGUGGGAUGGGCGAAUCUAGUUUUGAGGAUCUAUUACCGUGGCUGAUGCAAACGUUGACCUCUGAGACCAGCAGCGUCGACCGAUCCGGCGCCGCGCAAGGUCUCUCUGAGGUAGUACGCGGACUGGGCGUUGAAAAACUUCACAAGCUCAUGCCCGAGAUUAUCAGUACCGCCGAGAGAACUGAUAUUGCUCCCCACGUGAAAGACGGAUACAUUAUGAUGUUCAUAUACAUGCCAAGUGCAUUUACCACGGAAUUCACACCAUACAUAGGACAAAUCAUUAAUCCGAUUCUGAAGGCUUUGGCCGAUGAGAACGAAUACGUGCGGGAGACUGCGUUGAGAGCGGGACAACGUAUCGUAACUCUUUAUGCCGAUUCAGCGAUAAUGUUGUUGUUACCGGAAUUGGAGAAGGGCCUUUUUGACGACAAUUGGCGUAUUCGAUAUUCGUCUGUACAACUGUUGGGUGAUUUAUUAUAUAGGAUUUCCGGCGUAUCGGGCAAGAUGUCAACUGAAACUGCAAGCGAGGAUGAUAAUUUCGGUACAGAACAGUCACAUUACGCCAUUAUAAAUGCUUUAGGCGCGGAGAGGCGGAAUCGUGUGUUGGCCGGUCUCUACAUGGGUCGAUCGGAUGUAGCUCUAAUGGUACGCCAGGCAGCUCUUCACGUUUGGAAGGUAGUAGUAACAAAUACACCGAGGACGUUGCGAGAGAUAUUACCGACCUUGUUUACUCUUCUAUUGGGAUGUUUGGCGAGUACGAGUUAUGAUAAGAGACAAGUGGCAGCACGAACAUUGGGCGAUCUUGUGCGAAAAUUGGGAGAGCGAGUGUUGCCUGAGAUCAUACCGAUUUUGGAGAAAGGCUUACAGAGUGAUCAAGCCGAUCAACGCCAAGGAGUGUGUAUAGGUCUCUCGGAAAUUAUGGCGAGCACCAAUAAGGACAUGGUGUUGACUUUUGUUAUUAGUCUUGUCCCAACAGUUAGAAAAGCGCUCUGCGAUCCGCUGCCGGAAGUUCGACAGGCUGCGGCUAAGACUUUCGACGGUUUGCAUUCCACGGUGGGAGUUCGCGCGCUCGAUGAUAUAUUGCCGGCCAUGUUAACCCAACUGAAUUCUCCGGAUCCCGCGGAAGCAGAGAAUACGUUGGACGGCUUACGUCAAGUUAUGGCGAUCAAAUCUCGUGUUGUAUUGCCGUAUCUAGUUCCACAAUUAGCCUCCCCGCCGGUUAACACGAAAGCGCUGUCGAUACUAGCCAGUGUGGCAGGAGAAGCAUUGACAAGGUUCCUUCACAGAAUUUUGCCAGCGUUACUUACUGCUCUUUCCAGUGCGCAAGGAACGGCGAAUGAACUGCAAGAAUUAGAAUAUUGCCAGGCCGUCGUUCUUUCCGUUACCGAUGAGGUAGGCGUUAGAACUGUCAUGGAUCAGCUGAUGGAGGCUACGAAAGCGGAAGAUCUCUCAAAACGACGAAGUGCCGCGACGUUGCUGUGUGCGUUCUGUCGCGACACUCGCGCCGAUUACAGCCAAUAUGUGCCGCAAUUGCUUAGAGGUUUGAUUCAUUUAUUCACUGAUGAAGACAGAGAUGUAUUACAGAUGAGUUGGGAGGCGCUCACAGCCGUUACAAAGACUCUGUCAUCUGAGCAGCAAAUAGCGCACGUACAGGAUAUUAGGCAAGCCGUUCGAUUCGCAGUGUCUGAUUUGAAAGGUCAGGAAUUGUUACCCGGAUUCUGUCUUCCUAAAGGCAUCACGCCGAUACUACCAAUCUUCAGAGAGGCUAUACUGAAUGGUUUGCCGGAAGCGAAAGAACACGCGGCUCAGGGGUUGGGAGAAGUUAUAAGGUUGUCUAGCGCGGCUGCAUUGCAACCAAGCGUCGUGCAUAUUACCGGUCCACUUAUUCGAAUCCUCGGUGAUCGUUUCAAUUGGAGCGUUAAAGCAGCCGUAUUGGAAACACUUGCGAUAUUACUUGGAAAGGUUGGCGUCAUGUUAAAACAAUUUUUGCCACAAUUGCAAACUACUUUUCUAAGAGCUUUAAAUGACAGUAAUCGGCAAGUCAGAUUGAAAGCAGCUUAUGCUCUUAGCAAUCUGAUAGUCAUUCAUACGCGUGUCGAUCCUUUAUUUACUGAACUUCACACUGGUAUCAAGACAGGAGAUGAUCCUGCAAUAAGGGAGACAAUGCUGCAAGCUCUCAGAGGUGUAUUGACUCCCGCUGGUGACAAAAUGACUGAUCCAAUGAAGAAACAAGUAUUCGCAACACUCAGUAGCAUGCUUGGUCAUCCGGAAGAUGUUACGAGAAACGCGGUUGCCGGUUGUUUUGGCGCCCUUUUACGAUGGUUGAAUCCAGAACAAUUAGCAAUUGCAUUUAACGAUCAUCUCUUAUGUAACGACGUUAAUGUCGACUGGAUGCUCAGACAUGGACGCUCGGCCGCUCUUUUCGUAGUGCUAAAGGAAUCACCCGUUACAGUAUACAAUCCUAAAGAGAAGGAUCGCGUUUGUGCAGUGAUACUUUCAUACUUGGCUGCGGACAGAGUGCAAAUAGUCAUGAAUGGCAUACGAGCAUGCGGAUAUCUAUUUCAGUAUCUCAUGAAUGAAUCGUUACCUGUACCGCAGCAAAUUUUGUCGCCUUUCGUGCGAUCAAUGAAUAAUAAUAGUAACGAUGUAAAGCAAUUACUCGCUCGAGUUUGCAUACAUCUUGCACGCAACAUCCCACCUGAAAAUAUGUCGGCUGAAUUGCUCAGAGCUCUGUUACCGAUGCUGGUGAACGGAACGAAGGAGAAGAACGGAUAUGUCAAAGCGAAUAGCGAACUUGCGCUUAUCGCGGUGCUUCGACUGAGGCAGGGUGAAGAUGAACAUCAACGUUGCAUGGCUUUCUUGGAUGUUGGCGCAAAGGAGUCUCUAUCUGAUGUGGUCAGCAAAGUGUUGCGUAAGUCCUCUCAGCCGGAGGGCAAAAUAGAAGAAUUAGACGAUACGUUACUCACGUGAGAGAUAUUGUACUUUCGGGGGCUUAUUACGCACUAUACACGUUCCAAUAAUCGUAUUACUCGUCAUUAUUCGCCUGACCUCUAUAAAGAAGAGAAUUAUCGUUCAUGUAUCAGUUACAUUAUGAGCAAACUAGUUCGUUCAACAUUGUAUCUCGAUAAGCAAUUAAAGAGCGUAAAGCGGAGAA